AUGGCUAUUGUAAUGGAUUCUCUCCCUUUCUUCUUAUGGCUAAUGAUUAGUCUAACUCUAAACACUACUCUUCUUCCAUCACCAAUUAGUUCAACCUUUGCACACUCCAUCAAGCACCACCAUAACAGAGGACCUAUAACCAACGCAACCAAGCACCUCUACUUCUCAGUUUUCAACCCAAACAAAAACCCUAGCAUCAACCAAGAUAUCAAGCUCUUAGGAAAUGCUAACUUUUCAAAUCAUCAUAUGGCCGGUUUUAUCCAAAUCCCUGAUUCAUCAACAACCGUUGAUCUUGCAUACAAAGCUGGCCGAGCCAUCUACUCCUCUCCUAUCCGCCUCCUAGACCCCUUCACUCAAACCCCAGCCUCCUUCCACACCACUUUCUCCUUCCAACUCAACACCACCACUACCGCAGCCACCGGCGGUAGUGGCCUUGCCUUUAUCAUCGUGUCAGACGAGUUCACUAUCGGAAGACCCGGCCCAUGGCUCGGCAUCCUCAACGACGCCUGUGACCACCAUUACAAGGUAUUUGCCGUGGAAUUCGACACCGGUCACGACUCAGAAUUCCGUGAUCCAAACGAUAAUCAUGUGGGUAUUGAUCUGGGAAGCAUUAUUUCGUUCAAAACUGCAAACGUAUCACAAGUUGGGGUGUCCCUCAAUGAUGGUUCAGUCCACAGAGCUUGGAUCACCUAUGACGGUCACCGGAAAUGGCUAGACGUGCACCUCGGCUCAGACACCGGAGCUUUUCCGUCGAAACCUAUCUUGUCUGUGCCCCUCAAACUCUCUCCUUAUCUCCAUGAAUACAUGUUUGUUGGGUUCUCAGCUUCUACGGGGAAAACAGCACAAACACACAACAUCCUAUCAUGGAACUUCUCAUCAACAGUUCAAGCUAAUCUUCUAGUCCCUUCGGCGAGAACUUGCAAAAUAAAUGUUCACAAGGACUCCCCAAGCAGUUUCAUGAUCUUUGUGGCAAUAAUGGGUUUGCUUACAGUGACUUUGGUCAAUCUAUAUUACAAUGGCAAGCACAGAAAGAGCUCAGUACUGGGUACCAUUUUACCGGAAAAGAAGACGAGACCAUUGCCACCGACCAAGGCUCGGCGAUAUACCAUGUGUGAAGUGUAUAGGGCUACAAGGAGCUUUAGUGAAGUUUCAGUACUGGGUAGUGACUCAAAUGGUGUUUUGUACAGAGGGACACUGUUUAAUGGGUGUCAUGUGGCAGUUAAACGGUUCACAACUCGGUUUUUUGAGUCGGUGGGUUUGGAUCGCCGGCGAGUUGUGAAACUCGUCGAAGUGAUGAGCCGGGUUUGUCACCCGAGCUUGGCUCCGAUAAGGGGUUGGUGUUGUGACGAUAAACAGAUGAUUGUUGUGUACCACUAUUUUCAUAAUGGAAGCCUCGAUAGAUGGCUGUUGGGACUCGGUGCUCUUCCAUGGACUCGGCGAUUCGAACUCAUUAAAGAGGUUGCCGGGGCACUGAGUUACCUCCACUCGAAAGGACUCGUUCAUGGUAACCUCAGGAAUAGCAGCGUGUUCAUUGACAUGAACUACCGGGCGGUCUUAAGUGAUUACGGGUUUGUUGUCGCUCCCGAGAAGCCGGGUGACCGGGUCGAUUCGGUUGCCGGUCAGAAAGCAGAUGUUUAUGGGUUCGGUAUGCUUGCACUUGAAAUCGUUGCCGGAAAGAAGAGCGUGGCUCCGGAUAGUGGUGGUGGAGGAGAAGAUAGGAGUCUUUUAGGUCAAGCACGGAGAUUGCAUGAAAGAGGAGAGACUCAUGACCUGUAUGAUAGAAGGAUAGGAUGCUGUGUUAACUCAGAAGAAGCAACUAGGGUUUUGGACAUUGCACUAGUUUGCACUUUGAGUGAGAGAAAUGAUAGGCCUUCCAUGGAAGAAGUGGUUCAGUUCCUGCAUACUCAGAAUCCAAUUCCUCAACUGAUUGGGCUCCGUUAA